CUGUGUACAAACAACAAAAGCACUGAGCAAAUUACACCGAAUCUCAGCCGGCUGUUCGAAAAUUAGUUGAAAUAAGUGUGGCUCAGCCCAAUAACUCCCUGUCGAGCUCUGCUAACUUUAGUCCACAGAUAAACGCAACGGAGGGAACACAAAAAUGACAGAUCCACGCAUCCGACAGUUAGUAAUAAAAUCCGGAGUGGUCAAGAGGUUGACUAAGGAGAAGUUCUGCUACGCCAAGGAGGUGGUGGUCGAACAGAACAGGAUGGAGAAGUUUAAAGGCGAGGGAGCCGACGACCAUGUCUUGCGAAAGCAGGAAGAAGUUAUCCAGGAGUGCAUCAUGAUGGUCCCCGACUCUAAGAGAAGGCUACAAAAGGAGUACGAAAUAUUGGAGAAGUAUCUCCAAGAUGAGCAGGAUCUCAAAGAGACCGAGGCUUAUACGAAGGCAGCAGAGAUUCUAAAAGCAGCCAAGUUAGAACUGGAUACCUAGAAGCCACACAUUCCCCUUUAUACAGCAUUUACUUCCCUUUAAUAUCAGCAUUAAUGGCUUAUUCCUGAUUGCUGCAGAGCGGCUAUAAGGCCUUAUCUAUUAAGCAACAUAAUACUUUCUAAAUUUGUUUCGUUUUAUAAUAAACAAGUUUAUAUUUUUUCU